UCGCCGCAUAGAAUCCCAAUUGAAAAGCGAAACACUCGUCGUUGGUUGGAAAACCCACUUUGAUUCAUCACCAGCCAUGGACAAAGGCAGUGGGAGCUCAGAUAGCAAACAGGCCAAGGGCAACAGCGAUGCGACAGGCACAUCCGCAUCGACACUGCAGGCGCCAGCAUCAGGCUCGGCCCUCGUCCCAACCGUCACCUCGCCAUUCAACUUCCCCAAAUACAGCAAAGACGGCUCCGCGGCGGAUGCCAGUCCUCCCGUCUACGACAACAUUGGAGCGUCCAGCAGCUCAAACGCCGCUCCACGACCCAUCGCCUUUCCCCAAGUCAGCCCGGAUCCGGAUGCGGCGUUCCUCCCCGCCUAUGCCCCGGUGCUGCUUAGCUACGGCAUCACCGAGCAGACCUGGCGCUCCUUUCUCAACACAACCUCCGCCUUCUUGACGGCCAAGAUAUCAGACCGUGCGCUGUCACACGCCACCGAUGUGGCUGCGCACAUUGGCGAAAACCCCAAAAACCUGGGCAAGAAUGUCAUUGCCCAGGCAAAGUCCAUUGGCAAAAACGUCACGCGGGACGCCAAACGCGGAAACAUCAUCGGCGCCGCCGUGGGCCUCAUCGGAGGCUCCAUCUCGCUGCCCAUCUCGACGGCCUUUGGCAUCGUCGGCACCACGCUGUCGCUCCCCGGAUCGGCCAUUGGCGCCGUGACCAAGAAGCCGAGAACACCCCAAGAGAGAGCGGCAACAUACGCGGCCGUGGCAAACGAGGAGUGGCUUCACAGGCGCGGCUUGCACGCCCACCUGUUUGAUUCGGCGGGCCUCGCUCAUCUGUUGGGCCAGCCAUUGGACAGCUUUCUGAGCAGGGCGUGGGAGACAAAGGGGGUUGACGCUGCAGGACAGAUGAGAGCCCUGGAGCCGCUGAUUGCUGGGCUUGAGAUUGAUGAGAUGGCGAAUCUGCAGCUGAAGACGCAGACGCUGUGGCUGGUGCUGAUACCUGGGCAGCCGUCCUCUUCGAGCGAGAAGAAGGUAAAGAGUUGAUGGCGUUGGGGUUUGUGAAGAGGGAAGAAAGAGAUAUAUACCAAUUGUUCAUGGCAGUCACGUAGCUUGGGUAAUGUUUGUCUUUGAUAAGGUCUUUUAAUUUACAUGUAUACACGAGUUUGAACCAUCUUGCAGAAACUCGAAAAAUGCGAUGCGAGUAUAAAGAUUUCAGGAUAGAACAUACGACACAUUUGUUCCUUC